UUUUUUUUUGAUGUCAUGUAAUAUCGUCGCCUGUCUGUAUAGUUUACACUGUUUAUUCUGACGUAUGAGACGGACACUGGUGCUUGACAACGGGUCGCAUGCCAUAAAGGGCGGAUAUGCUAGUAGCGACAGCGAUGCUGGCCCGCGAGUGAUUCCAAACACAGUGACACGGACGAAGCGAACAAAGCGAGUCUACGUGGCCGAUCUAAUCGACAAGAGCUCAGACCUGUCGGGACUGUACUACCGCUCGCCGUUUGAGCGCGGGUACCUAGUGCGAUGGGACGCUGAGAUUGCCGUGUGGGACCGCAUAUUCAGCAACGAUGUGAUCGGGUGUACACCGACAGACACCGACCUGAUAGUCACCGAACCUGUGUUCAAUUUCCGGCCAAUCCAGCGGACCAUGGACGAGAUCCUGUUCGAGGAGUACCGGUUUCCGUCACUGAUCCGCACCACAGCGACCAAGCUGGCCACCAUUGGGGCAGCCGAUGUCAUUUAUGGCGACACCAAGGAGCCGGACUGCGUGCUGGUAGUUGAUGUCGGCCAUGCAUUCACAUAUGUGGUCCCGUAUGUCAACGGGAAGCAAGUAUCGGCAGGGGUGCGGCGGCUAGACAUUGGCGGGCGCAUCCUGACAAACUACCUGAAAGAAACCGUGUCGUUCCGGUACUGGGACAUGAUGGAUGAGACGUACAUCAUGAACGCAGUCAAAGAGAAGUGCUGCUUUGUGUCGCAGGAUUUCUACCGCGACCUGGAGACGGCGCGCGGGUGCAGUGGUGGACGCGGAGUGCGCAGCAACCCGCUGGGUCUGGAGUACGUGCUCCCCGACUUUACACACUCGAAGCAAGGGUUCAUCAGGGGCCGGGGCGGCGACGUCGAGCAGCUCAUGAGCGACACGCAGAUCCUUCCGCUGUGCAACGAGCGGUUCGCCAUUCCUGAAGCGCUCUUCCAUCCGGCGGACAUUGGGCUUGAGCAGGGCGGGCUUCACGAGACAGUCAUCCAGGCGGUCAAUGCCUGCCCAGAGGCGACGCGUGGCGUCCUGCUGUCGAACAUUCUGCUGGUGGGUGGCACUGCAGCGCUGCCGGGGCUGGAGCAGCGGCUGCAGAGCGAGGUCCAGGCACUGGCUCCGUGCCGGGUCCAGGUGACGGCUCCACAGCACCCGGCGCUGCAGGCGUGGCAGGGCGGACGGGCCCUGGCGCGGGGAACUGCAGCGGCGGCGGGUCGUGGCGAUUGGCGAUUGACCCGCGAGCAGUACGAGGAGAUUGGCCCUGAUCGCGCUGUUGCCCAUUUCGAAGGCUUCGAUUAAUUGACAAGAGCGCCCGCUCUAUUUGCAUCCCGGUCUCGCUCACAUCUGGGCAACCACAGCGGGCCGUGGAAAGAGGACGAAAAAGUUUUUCCUGGCAAAUCCUCCAAAGAAAUCCCUGGGCAAAGGCGCAAGUGCGCGCCCUUCUCUGGAAAAUUUUUUUUUGGCAUAGUUGCGUCUUCUCUUCUCUUUCUGUCCGCCUUGCCAAU